AUGAGAAAAAAGAAGACGACUCGUUCGUCAGAUACGCCUAAUACGUCGAUCGACGGAAACAAAGACAAUGAGGAUAACCCCAUAAUUGAAGGCGACGAAGAAGAUAUUCAACAGGAAGCCCAAGCUAGGUUCCAAAAUAAGGAGAAAAUGCCCGAAACACCUUCCACGCUGAAGCUAAAAUUGCCGCCAUUUUGGAAGGAGAGCCCAAAAUUAUGGUUCGUACAAAUAGAAGCAGCAUUCGAUAUUUAUGCUGUUACAGCGGACGACGUUAAGUUCAGGUAUGCCAUUUUACAUCUGGACACGUCCAUAUUACCUCUGGUGUCGGAUAUUAUAGAAUUCCCACCAGAAAAGAAUAAAUAUGAAGCAUUAAAGGAACGCAUAAUACAGUCAUUAGACGAAACAAGUGAAACAAAACUUCGGAAGCUUCUCCGAGGACAAUCCAUAGGUAACGAAAAGCCAUCGGUCUAUUUACAAAAACUAAAAAACUUAUCCGGAGGACAAUGUGGCGAUUCAGUCCUAAAAACAUUGUUUCUCGAACAGUUACCAGAACAUUCUAGAUCCAUUUUAGCAAUCUCCGAGGUGACAGACCUCAACAAAUUAGCAAACUUGGCCGACAAAAUGGACGAAAUGAUAAAGCCAGUUAUAAACGAAACUGCGAGUACUUCGCAAACUACAGAGCCACACGUCUCCGAAAUAGAUUUCAAAAUAAUUGAAUUAACUAAAGCUGUAGAAUCUUUAACACAACAGUUUCAGCGUUCCAGAAGUCGCAGUCGAAGCGACCGCCAAGGAAAAUGGCACAACCCUCAACAAAAUAAUAAUCAUAGAACCAAUACUUCACAAAAUGGUCUAUGUUACUACCAUUAUAAAUUCGGAGACAAGUUCUACAAAUGCAAUAAACCUUGUUCAUGGGGACAAGCCGUCAAUACCAAAGAACCUACUAUUUUCACCUUAGAUGUGAAAUCUAAAUCAUAUAAAAUCCUCAGGGAAUUCGUCGACGUGACGAAACCAACACCAAAAAAAGAAGGAAUACAUCAAGUCCAACAUCAUAUAACCGUUAAAGGAGCCCCGAUAGCGGAGAAAACACGCCGCCUCCCGCCAUUUAAAUACAAAGCAGCCAAACAGGCAAUUGAAGAAAUGAUGAAAGAAGGAAUCUAUCAACCUUCAUCCAGCAACUGGGCUUCACCCAUCCAUCUAGUUCCAAAACAGGAAGGAGGAUGGAGAUUAUGCG